AUGGCGUCGUCGUCUACCUCGCUGAAGGCCCUGCUCCGAAACCCAUCCGCCAUUAAAGCGAGAACCCAAGCUCAAGAGCUCCAUGCCCAGCUCCUCAAGGCCACCAUCAACCCCUCAAGCAUCCUCCCUAUCUACGCCAACCUCGGCUUCCCCCAUGAUGCUCACCAGGUCUUCUCUUCCCUCCCCUUCACCUCCACUCUCUCCUUCAUCUCCAUCAUCCGCGCUUCCGCCGCCCAUGGACUCUUUCAUCGAGCAGUAUCUCUCUUCCUCAAAAUGCGGGCCUCCAGCGCGCGCACCGACCACAAUGUCUUCCCUUCUGUUCUCAAGUCCUGCGCUGCUCUGCGUGACCCCAAGCUCGUCGGAUCCGUUCACGGGCUCGUCAUCGUUCUGGGGUAUGUCUCUGAUUUAUAUACUGGUAAUGCUCUCAUGAAUGCGUAUUCAAAGUUGGCUGAUUGCUCACUUGUGCGGAAGAUGUUUGAUGAAAUGCCAAACAGAGACCUUGUUUCUUGGAAUACCUUAAUUGCAGGCAAUGCGGAGAGAGGAUUUUAUGAGGAAGCCCUGGGAAUGGUGAGGGAGUUGAGUGUCAGCUGUUUGAAGCCGGAUUCUUUCACAUUGUCUAGUGUUCUCCCCAUUUUUGCCGAAUAUGUGGAUGUUUCAAAGGGGAUGGAGAUUCAUGGAUUUGCAGUGAGACAUAUGUUUGACACUGAUGUGUUUAUUGGCAGUAGUUUGAUUGAUAUGUAUGCGAAUUGCACCAAGGUGGAAUACUCUCGUCGAGUUUUUGAACUGCUGCCCAAGCCUGAUGCGAUCUCCUGGAAUUCUAUCAUUGCAGGGUCUGUACAGAAUGGGCUUUUUGAUGAGGGUCUAAGUUUGUUUCGCAGAAUGCUUCUUGCGAAAGUCAAGCCAAUGCCUGCAACUUUCUCUAGCAUUAUGCCUGCUUGUUCACAUUUGACUACAUUGCAUCUUGGAAAACAGCUUCAUGGGUAUGUUAUCAGAGGUGGAUUUGAUGACAAUGUGUUUGUGGCCAGCGCUAUUGUCGAUAUGUAUGCUAAAUGUGGGAAUAUAGGAAUUGCAAGGUAUAUAUUUGAUGGAAUUAAGGUACUGGAUAUGGUCUCAUGGACAGCCAUGAUCAUGGGAUAUGCUUUGCAUGGGCCUGUUGAGGAGGCUUUUUCAUUAUUUCAUCGAAUGGAGAAAGAAAAUGGGAAGCCUAACUAUGUGGCUUUUAUUGCAGUUUUAACUGCAUGUAGCCAUGCUGGGUUGAUAGACGAGGCUUGGAGGUAUUUUUGCAGUAUGACUCAGGAUUAUGGGAUUGUUCCUUGUUUAGAGCAUUAUGCAGCUGUUGCAGACCUCCUUGCUCGAGCAGGGAAGUUGGAAGAAGCCUAUGAUUUUAUCUGCAGCAUGCAUAUAAACCCAACUGCAAGUGUUUGGUCAACAUUACUUGGUGCUUGCAGGGUUCACAAGAAUGCUAAUUUAGCGGAGAAAGUGGCUGAGAAAAUCUUUGCACUUGAGCCCAAGAACAUGGAAUCUCAUGUUCUCAUGUCAAACAUCUAUUCUUCUGUGGGUAGAUGGAACGAAGCAGCAAACUUAAGAAUAAUUAUGAAGGAUAAAGGAAUGAGAAAGCAACCGGCUUGUAGUUGGAUUGAAGUUAAGAGCAAGGUUCAUGGAUUUGUGGCUCAUGAUAAAUCCCACCCGUAUUAUGAUCAGAUCAUGGAAACUUGGGAAGUUCUUUUGGAGCAGAUGGAACGUGAAGGGUAUGUACCCAACACUGAGGAUGUUCUUCAUGAUGUGGAUGAAGAGCAGAAGAGAGAUCUUUUGUGUGGUCACAGCGAGAGGCUUGCAAUUGUAUUUGGCAUCAUAAGUACUCCCCCUGGAACUACAAUCCGAGUAACUAAAAACCUUCGUGUAUGCAUAGACUGCCACAUAACUACUAAGUUUAUCUCUAAGAUUGUCGGAAGGGAGAUUGUUGUCAGGGAUUUGAAUCGCUUCCAUCAUUUUAAAGAUGGCAAGUGUUCAUGCGGGGAUUAUUGGUAAUUGUCAAGUGCAGCUGAAUGACGCCAUUUAUUGGAGGUUCCAUGUCUCAAAUGAUUCCUGAGGAUACCAUUUCAGCUCAGGGUGCUGGUUUAUAUUCUUUAUUAUUGAGAAAAAGUCAAAAAGGGUUGCUUCUCGAAAGUCUCCAUUUCAUUGUAGAGCUUCAGGCCAACACUGAAUGCCCAAGAGAGACUUUUUCUUUUUAGGCUAAUGGACGUAGGCUUUGGAAAAUUCUGUGGUUGUCAAGAACACAUGUUGGCUUCAUUGGAACUUGAUAGUGGCCAGAUCUAAGAAGCGGAAGAUAAAAUUCUGUGGAUGAAAGAAGCUUCUGUCGGACUGAUAUCAGCGCAGACAGACCUCCCAAGCUCAUCUUGCAUGUCGGCCACAACCACCUUGGCGCCGUGUUUACAGAAGAGUCUGGCAGUGCUCUCGCCAAUGCCACUGGC